CGCUACGAGCUCGAGUUCGAGGAGCACGAGGCGCUCGGCGGCGGCGGCUUCGGGACCGUGACGCGGGCGACGAACCGCCUCGACGACACGGAGUACGCCAUCAAGAAGAUCCGCCUGUCGUCCGCGCCCGCGUGGCGGCCGCGGCUCGAGAAGAUGCUCCGCGAGGUCAAGAUCCUCGCGCUGCUGGACCACCCGAACAUCGUGCGCUACUACCAGGCCUGGCUCGAGCAGGGCGAGGCCGCGGACCCGCGCGCGGACCUCGAGGACGAGACGACAGCGACGGCCGCGGCGCCCGCGGCGCGCGCGGCGGCGCGCAUGCAGUACUGCUCGUCGCGGACGCUCCGCGAUUACCUCGAGGCGCGGCCGCCCCAGUCCGUGGGCGACGUCGACGCGACGACGGCCCUGCGCAUCUUCGCCCAGGUCGCGCGGGGCCUCAAGUACGUCCACGAGUGCGGCCUCGUGCACCGGGACCUGAAGCCCGCGAACGUCUUCCUCACGGCCGACGGCACGGUCAAGAUCGGCGACUUCGGCCUGAGCCGCCACGUGCGCGGGCCGGACGAGGGCGACGACGACGAGGUGGAGGUCGCCGCGGUGGCGCGGUCCGAGGACGACGACGACAUUACGGUGGGCGUCGGCACGCGGCUCUACGCGGCGCCGGAGCAGCUCGCGUCCGACGACUACGACGAGAAGGCGGACGUCUACUCGCUCGGCGUCGUGCUCUACGAGAUGCUCCGGCCGCGCUUCACCACGGCCAUGGAGCGCGCCGCGUGCCUC